AUGUACAAUCCUUAUCAACCUCCAGGUGGUUAUGGUCGUCCGCCAGACUAUGGCGCGUACCCAGGAGCCCCAGGCGCAGCACCGGGUAUGGCUCCUCCUCCAGGAAUGGCUGCCCCCGGUACAGCGCCGCCGAACAUGCAGCAAACGAAUGCUCAACAGCCCGCCCGCCCCGGAGGCUUCCCUGCGAACUUUCAGCCGCCACCAAACAUGCCUAACAUCAACUUCUCCGCUCCGGUGAUUCGACUGGGUACUUCAGGUCCCGCGAAGCCUGCGGGCCCGGAAAUGGGUCGGGAACGUGGACCAGAGGGACCUGGACGACGAGCUGGCCUUGGAUCCUCUAAUAUGGAGGGCUCACGCCAUCAUGCUCGUGAUGCGAUGAUGCAGCUCCAGCCACCUACGAGAGACGAGAUCGUGCGCACACUUUUUGUUGGUGGUAUUACCGAGGGCCUUGGCGGUGAUGAUGGCAUUGAGCAGAUUCUGCAGUCUGCAGGUCAGCUAAGACGAUGGAUCCGUGCUACCGAUGCCGAUGAGAAGCCCUGCCGGUUCGGAUUUGCCGAAUUCGAUGACCCGGAGAGUCUGGAGGCGGCAGUCGAGGUGCUCCAAGAUAUUGAGAUUCCUGUCAAGCGCCAGGAGCCACGUGCUGAGGGAGAGGAGGAGCGGGAAGUGGAAAAGAGUGCUCUUUUGGUGGUAGUAGAUGAGAGCACAACGAAAUACUUGGAGCAAUUCAAGGAAAGUCGCUCUGAUCGUGACCCGGAAGAAAUCCAAGCACGCUUCGAUGAAGCUCGUGGUGUCUUGAAGAGAGUUCUCAAUGGCCUUUUCUACCCGGAAAUUCCUAUUAAGAAGGAGGAUAAUUCUGCAGUUGACCAGCAAGAUGAUAUUGAGAUGAAGGACGGUGAGAUCACCAAGGAUGGUGAAGUUGUCACCAUUCCAAUCACUGUCGAAGACGAAUUGGCCGACAUUCCCCCCCGAGAUGCUAACCGCCGAGACAUUGAACGACUGAAGCGGGAGGAAGAGAUCGAGUCUAUGGAGCGAGCUCGUAAUGCUGGAUCACGGUACAGUCGACUUGCCUCCCCUCCUGCCUCGGCUCCCAGUGGUCCCGCUGGUGGUGCAAACGGCAUUCCUUUGGGUCCUCGUGACCGUGGAAUGCCUAAUGCUCCAGCUGGACCCAAGGGAUUCGGCGUCCAGAUUCCCAAGGACUACCAGAAGGGCGUGUCAUUUGUGAAUGGAGGUGCCGUCAAUGGAUCUCACGCCCACAUUGAUCGCGAAGAUGAGGACUCGGACGUAAGUGACGAAGAGCUCGAACGUCGUCGUCAAGAAAAACGUGAUGCCGAGGAAGAGAAACAAUUCCUCGACCAGGAACGCCGGUGGCUCAAUCGUGAGCGAAGCCGAACUGCUGCACUGGAGCGCGAGAAGAAACGUGACAAAGAAGAGGACGGUAAUCUACAGGCUGCCCAUGAUGAAAUGGAACAGCGACUUAAGGAAUGGAACGACGAGACAGAGGCAAGUCGGAAGACUGCCGAGUACUACGCGGACCGUGGGGCCUGGCUUCGAAGCCGUGCAGCUUUCCGUUCUCGUGAGGCGAACCUGGACGACGCUGAUCGUGCCGCCGAGGAGCGUGAGCGUGCCCAGACUGCCAAGAAGCAGGAGCAGGCGCGUGGUGCUGCGGACGACUUCCUUGCCCGCCAGGCUCAGGAGCUGGAGGCUCGCACACAAGCACCUCGUGAGCCCCAACGCUUCAAGCUGUCUCUUGGAGCUGCCGCACAAAAGGCACAGGCCGCAACCACUCGUCGUACCGCAGCCGAAGUCGAAGGUCUACUGGAAGAUGAGGAAGAGCCUGCUAGCACUACUCGCCGUCCUCUCAUCCCGAUCAAAUUCGACACUGCCGCCGAAGCAGCGGGUCUUUCCGAAGAGGAGCGAGCCCAGGCGGCACGCCAACUGGCUCAAGAAAUCCCCAACGAGAAGGAGGGGCUAUGGAAGUGGGAGAUCAAGUGGGAGUUUGUGGACGAGGCAGUCCUCCGCGACCAGAUCAAGCCUUUCGUGGAGAAGAAGAUUGUCGAGUAUCUGGGUGUCCAAGAGCAGAUGCUAGUGGAUGUUGUGGAAGAGCAUGUUCGCCAGCAUGGAUCUCCCCAGGAACUGGCAGACCUGCUUGCAGAGGCUCUGGACGAGGAGGCCGAAGUGCUGGUUCGCAAGUUAUGGCGGAUGCUAAUCUUCUUUUCGGAAAGCGAGAAGCGUGGAUUGUCAGCAUAG